AUGUAUCAGAAAGGAAAAGGGAGGGAGGUUCAGGGGUAUGGGAUUUCCACGUCCCGCACCAGACGUGGUCGGCGGGGCAUCAGGUCCCUUGGACCCCCGAUCGCUGGUGCCCUCCGUAAACUUUGGCGCAAGGAGCGGAAGAAGACGAGACGCUUGAACUCUAGCACGAGCUGCGGCACCACUAAUGACAAGCACGUCGACACUGCCAACAACAUGAGCCCUUACGCCGCUAUGCCACGUGAAAUCUCUGGAUUCAUGGGUGAUGCAUCCAUGUCCGACCCAACACCUGUUGAAGUGGCGUCUAAUGUCAAUCUAUCCCUGACACAGCCUGGGUUUGACAAUGCCCUGAACGGUGGGAUCUCUGCCAACAAUGUACCCCUGAGUGAGCCCACACAAGCUCAAUCUGACAGACUCAUGAACCACGAAAGAUCUGAUAGAGAUUCCUCAAUUGUGGCUCCAGUCCAGCUGAAUGCCUCUGGUGCUCAACCCGUCAAUGAGCCCGAACAAGUUCAAGCUGAAGCUGAUAGCCGCGAGGCUUAUAGAAGGGACUAUGCCAAGCAACUGGAUGAGCUUUGGGAGAACGGGGUGAGAGCUGCUUUUGAAGAGACUGCCGAGACUGCGUAUCUCGGGCUCGACACUCUCGUGGAUGAAGAAGAAGAAGAAGAAGCAGAGAACGAUCCCUACCUUCACCUCAUGGCUACUACCUCGUGUGGUCUCCUGGGCACGGACCUUAGUGUAGCUUUCCUCCCCAUGAACCAGCCUACACAAGCUCAGUCUGAAAUUCUGGCAAAUGGUGCAGAUCAUGGCACUGGGCACCAAUCCACAUCCCAUAUUCAACCUCAGAGUCGGCCAGUAACCCCCAUGAGUGAUGGAGGCUCCAGUGUGACUCUGUGCCUCGACGAACAUGCACAUCUUCGGUCUGGCACGCCCAUGAGCGAUGGAGACUCCAGUGUCACUCUACACACAGGCGAGCCGCUUUUUCGGACCGGCACGCCCGUGAGUGACGAUAUGGACGAUGACAUGAGCGAUGACUUCGACGAUGACAUCGAUGAUGAUGACUUUGAGGAUGAAGAAGACGACGAGAUGGGCAAUGACAGGUGGAACGAAUUCUCCCAGGUCAUCAUAGAGGAUUUGUGGGAGGAACUGCGUGAUGGCAAGGUGAUUCGACUGGCGGUUGACGAGAGUGCUGGCACGAGUGAUGCCAUGGAAGAUGCCGAUGACGCCCAGGCUGAGAAGAUGAGCGAUGUCAUCAAUGAAGUGGGCGAUGACGUGAACGAUGCAUCUGAUAGGGAUGGCUUGAGUGAUCGAAACUCUUUGACCCUUCCACCCAUCGCCUUCAUCACUCCAGCGCAAUAUCGAGCGCACAUGUUGAGCUUUGAAUCCUCUGAUGUCAAUCAUAUGCGCGUGCCCGACUCGGCUCAGGGUCAGCUCAGCGGGACCAUGGACGGUGAGGAUGCCGACAUCAACAGUCCACCACUGGUUCAUCCUAUACCACUCCGAGUACAGCCGGACUUUGACUCAGUCAUCAAUCAUGUUGAGACAUCUGCAGACGAAGGAGAUGUUCCGCGUCUGUUCAUCAACCCCUCUCUCACUCCGGCCGAUUAUCUGAGGGGUCAUCUGGCGGAAACCAUGAUGGGGUAUGCUUAUGGUAUGGGUAUUAGCAGUGUCCACAUGUGCUACCUCCCAGAGAUCCCAAGGCGCCUGGAACAGAGCGUCGCUCUGCGCAACACGGCGUAUUUCUUUUGUUUCACGUGGCACCAGUUCCAUCUUGGCAGACUGCAAGAUGUCGAUGAGAGUUACGGGUACGCUCGAGCUUCUCAUGGCAUUCAAGAGGAGUUGGAGAUGGUACUUCGCUUUGCUAAAUAUGGACUGGCUGAUAGGCUCGUGACCCCCGAGCUCCUGGCUGCCUUGACUUUGACUGAGCGAACCUUGAAGCUUUUCCUCCAGGGGAAGAAAGCUCCCGAGUACGCUCGUUUGUGCAAGAACUUGGUUGCUGAACUUUGGCUGGUUAGGGGACCACCCGACCUCAAUGACCCCUUGGAUACGGCCGUCUCCAAUGAGAUUCAUGGGCUUCUGCUCCGUGAAGGCUGCGAGGUGGACGUCACCGCUAUCAUCGAUAGCCCAUGGGACGAGGCUCUUGCACUAUGUGCUGUAGGAAGGCCUACAACCGUGGACUGUCCUGACACGGAUAACCGUCCAUUCAUGAUCAACGACCACAUCAAACUUCUCGAGUAUACCUCAAAGCUCGAGCCACUGUUCAUGGACCUGUCGCGAAUUGGCAGGAAUCCUUAUGGCACAAAGGUCCUUGCUCGUGAGGUCCAGUCGCGGCUGCAGGUGAUCAAGGACGCGGCACUCUUCACCAGCGUGUGCUCAAGUUCCGAGAGCCCAAAGCCGUCUGAGAAUGACUUGCGGCCGGUGGCGCAAUAUUUCGGCAAGCGCUACUAUCUCAAGUUCGUCAUGCUGGCGCACAUGUUCCAGAAAAUGAUGAUGCACGAGUCUGUGCCCUUGCAGGUGGUGUACGAGAUGAGCUAUAUAUUUAGCUUAUCGCCCGAGAGAUACCUCAAGUUCUUUGACGAUGCCGAGUACGACACACCCGAGUAUGAGGUUUGGACUCGGAUCCCGCAAGAGAUACUUGACCGUGCGGAGAAGGGUGCCAAGGCUAUUGAGCCAUGGUGCCUCAAGCCCGCGCCGUUGCUGGCUGUUGGUGUCGUAUCAGAUGAUGUACCUGGAGCGGGAUGGUGCUCUAUGAUAUGGCGUCCUCUCGAUGAUAGAAGGCUGUUGAACAUGCCGUUUCGUGAUUUAUACAAGCUCCGGCUUCACUCGUCCCUGAACGACAUUAACAUGCUAUAA